CGAUACUCUUGUAUAUCAGAGGAAAAGCCGCCUUCACAGUCCCCAGACUUGCCUCCAGAUCACAGCUAGUCAUGUCUGGGAGAGGAAAGGGAGGGAAAGGCUUAGGCAAGGGUGGCGCUAAGCGCCACCGCAAAGUCUUGCGAGACAACAUCCAGGGCAUCACCAAGCCUGCCAUCCGGCGGCUUGCUCGGCGUGGCGGGGUCAAGCGGAUCUCUGGCCUUAUCUACGAGGAGACCCGGGGUGUGCUGAAGGUGUUCCUGGAGAACGUCAUUCGGGACGCCGUCACCUACACUGAGCAUGCCAAGCGCAAGACGGUCACUGCCAUGGACGUGGUGUACGCCCUCAAGCGGCAGGGACGCACCCUGUAUGGCUUCGGAGGCUAAGCUGCCCCUUCUGAGCUACGUGUGACAAUCUCAAAGGCCCUUCUUAGGGCCAACCACACAGUCAUUAGAGGAGCUGGACACCUGCUGAAAGUAGAGGUAAAUUUAUGUUUGGCUGUUGGCUGGAGUAGGGGUCAGAAGUUUGGGAGGCAGUGAUUCCCCAAACCGCUGAGAGCCUUGAAGACCAAUGCCAGUUACCAAAAGCUGCCUUUCACCAGUCGGCCUUCACUGUUACCAACCUGAAGGGCUAUCAUACUCCAGAUAUAAGUCACUUCUUGGUUUGCUUUUGAGUGUGCUGUCAUUUGUGGCCGUUGGACCAGGCUGUGGGAAGUACUCUGGGCUUCACUUCCCACCCUUGCAAAGGAGGGGAGGGGAGGGGAGGGGAGGGGAGGGGUUAGCUGGGCAGCUUGAUGGCUGAGUUCACAUUGGAUGUUCUGACAUUAAGAGCCCCACCUGAAAAGGUGCAAGAGCACUAGUAAAACCAAGUCCAGCCACCAACUAUUCAAAAAUGAGGUAAAUUAGGUCAGAGGUGAGCUCAUUGAUGCUGAUUUAAAAUAUGCCUGAUGAAUUAUUUGGCCAAUGUAUGAAAAGUACUCUUGGUUCCCUUUUUCAUGCUAAAUUAAAAGGCCCUUCACAAUUA